AUGUCUGCAACUGAAAUUUCUACUGAAAAUGCAAUACAACAGCAACAGCAAACUUUUCAUAAUCAACUAAGAAGCAUGACUGGCACCAGUAGCAGCAUCCCUGAAAAUAACAACUCAACUAACAUUUGCACCCGAAGCAGCAGCAUCAGCAGUAACAAUGACAGUGUCCUUUAUGGAGCUGCUGCUUGUCUGCCGUUGUCAAAUGAUGCCAGAUUAGAGUUUAUAACAAGUUAUACAUUAACCAGUUUACGACUUAAGCAUGAUAAAUGGCAUAAAAUGAUGGCCACCCAGGAGUAUCAGCUCAUUUUGUUGGAUUGGCUUAACAACCCACAACGACGUCUACUUGUUAUGACACUCAAUCCGGCUGGUCAUUUAAUACCAAAAAAUUCAAUAAACGAUUUGUAUCAUCAUAAUUACGCCACACUAAUGCCUAAAACUAUAACAACAACAUCAGCAACAGCAGUAGUUCCCACUACCACAACAACAGCACUCUCAUCGAUAUCAGUCAAUGCUACAUCCAGCGAAGAGCUGGCAGGAAAUUAUAAAAAGAAUAUUGAAGUAUCAUUACCAUCUGCGCCAACAUCAUCGAUAAUUGCUCCUGCAAUUGCCACUGUAGCUGCCACAGCAGCUAUGACAGCUGCCACGGCUGCUUUACUCACACCUCUACCACCACCCUCGAGCAGUUUUUCAACAUUGGAUGGUGUGCCGCGUGGUAAAUGUGUGUAUUUCGUAAAACGUCAAUUGCAUGCUGCUGUAGCCUUAACAAGAGACAACUAUCGCCAUGAAGUAAUUUUUGGUGAUUUUCCCAUACACAGUAAAAUUGAAACUUUAUCAGUAUUGUUUGAUGAGAUAUUGCAACCGUUGUUGCAGAACUCACAAAAUCGCAAAUUAUGGCCCGAAGUUGUGGGUAAAGAUUUAAAUACACGCAUGAAAGAUGUAAGAAAUACAUUAACGGAGAUUAAAGGCAAAACCAACAAUAUAACAAUUUUAUUGUUAUUAGUUUCGCCAACAGUCAUUGAACAAGUUGCAAGUCACAUCAAACAAGGAAACCUUGAGUCCUCCAUAGAGCCAAAAUUUCGCUCACUAUUGGAAGAAAUGUUUAUCAAUUGGACAACACAAAUACAUGAAAUUCUACAAGAGAAAUCAGAUUGUGUUCACAGUUCCAAUACACCGGCAGCAACAAGAUCAAUGAAAUCUUCUAUUGUAACAGUCACAACGCCACAGCAAGAAAUAAAUUUCUGGUUAAAUCGUCAGCAAAAUUUACAAAACAUAUACGAUCAAUUAAGAGAAAGCUCCCACAAAUCCCUAGCAUUUAUAUUAGAAUCCAUAGAUUCUGCAUACUAUCCACCAUUUAUGAAGAUUUUCAAACGACUUAUUUUCGCUUGGCAAGAAUCCAAGGACAUUACUUUAUGGCUGCAGCCAUUAUUGCGUCAAAUGGCCACAUUUAAUGCCGUAAAUUUUUGUAACGCGCAGGAACUGAUUGCUCCAUUAGUGCAUGUUAUCCACCUGAUUUGGUCUAAUGCUCGUCAUUAUCGUACCACGCAACGUAUGACGGUGUUGUUACGUUGCAUUUGUAAUUUAAUGGUACGUAGAGCAGGUGAGGAUUUGGAGGUUUCAACACUCUUUCAUACUGAAGCCGAUGAGGGUCUUCUGAAGAUUAGCAGAACCAUUGAAAUUUUGGAAAUGUUUAAAUCCAAACUUUUGGAGUAUAAAACAAAAUAUACCAGUAACCAAACCAUAUUACCAGCUUUGCCUCCUUUGGCUUCAAGUCUGGCUUCAGCUAAUUCUUUGUCGUUUUCUUCAUCAUCGAUGGAGCUACAGCAAUUGUGGCGUUUUUCUAAUGAAGAUGUAUUUGGUUUAGCUUUAAAUGGCUUUCUAGAACAACUCUUGGAAUUACAAAGAAUAUUUGAAGCUGCUGUUACUUUUCAAAGUUUAGAGAAAUUGGAAAUUGGUGGCGGUCGUGGUAAAAUGUUAACCGAUAGAAUACGUCAGAUUCACGGCGAAUUCAAACUACUGUUUGAGGACUGGACUAAAUUGGAAAUUGAUUUAGGUCAACCGGCAUCGGUUACAGCUACGAACUUUACUUACAACCACAUUAAGAGACAAACUUUUAAAAGAGAACAGAUUUUAUUUUUUCAACGUAUGCAUGUAUUAGAAAAAAAAUUAGCCACCAUAUUGCAACAAGCCUACAAUGAUUGUCACAACUGGGAGCAACUAACAAAGCUUACAACAAUGUUUGCCAAUAUCGUGCAACGACAAACCAUUCAAACCGAAUUAAUGGUAAUUUUACCGCACAUCUUUAGCGUAUUGAAGGAAGAAUUGCUUUUGAUUGAAACCAUUGUCAGUGAAGUGCUAUUGGCAUUUGAAUAUAAAGGUGUUGAAGCCAUACCAUUGGAAAUGAAUUUUCCAACUAUAGCUGGUGCCAUGAUGUGGUUGGAGAAUUAUAUGAAAAGAUGCGAUGUCUUUGCUGGCAAUGAAUUGAAUGCUUUAAUAACUACACUUCUUGCUGCUGACAAUCCUUUAAGUUCACAAUAUGAAAAGUUGACUGCUCGACGCGAUAUUUUGACAACAAAACUUAGUAAUUUGCAGUUGAAAAUUUGGAACAAUUGGCAGCAGACAAUUGAGAAACGCAUUGCCAAAGGACUCGAUUCAAAAGUGAUGAUGAUGACGAUGUCGACAAUGAUAACAAAACACCAACAACAGCAACAAAGCUGUACAAGUAAUUCUGUUGAAAAUCUAGCAGAAGCUGAAGGUUAUCCUGAUAUGAGUAUUAGAUGUAAGAGCAGCGACAGUGUUAGUAAGCGAAAUAAAAAACUCAAAAACACCUGGCUGGCCAACAACCAAGCACAAUCAUAUUCUUCUCCAACUAAUGCUUCUGCUGCUUAUUGUCAUCAUGUCAACACUGCUUUAACUGACAAAACGGAUUCUACUAUUGGAUUUUUAUACAAUUCUAAUAGUGCAAAUGAAAGAUUCUGUAGUGCUUUGGCAGAGGAUGAUGUUUUAAAUAAAUCAUCAUUUGUUAGUGACGUGAAAAUCCUAAAAAUCAAUUUAUCCUUAGAACUUUUUACCUUAUUGAGAGAAACGAAAUAUUUGUUGGCUCUACAAGAAAUUCAUAAGAGACAAAAACAACAGGGCGAGACUACAGUUACAACUACAUCAUCCAAUAUCCAGUUAACAACACAAUUAACAACUGUGUCAACAACUCAGCAACAACAUCAACAGCAGCAACAACAACCUCAUCAAUUGCCUUUAACACUUUUAGAUUUGUACGCACAGCGCGAUAUGUUUUGGCAACGUAAGAUCAAACUAAUGAAAAUCGCCGAAUACUACAACAGCAUCAGGGAGGGCUUAAAUACAUCCAACGAAAUGCAAUUAAUUCAGCCUGUAGUCGAUGUCAUCGAUGAACUUGUAGAAUGCGCUAGCAAAACAUUGACAUGGCGGAACUUUGAUGCUGAACUUGUCAAUGAUAUUUAUAAGAAAACGCAAACAUUACAUUCACGCCUACACGAAACACGAAAAAAUAUCCAAACUAUACUUGAUAGUGUUAGACGUUGGAGUCGUGAACCUUUGCAUCAACGUAGUCUUUAUGGCAAAAAUUUACUGGAAUUGAAACACCAAAAAGAACGUUUAAGGACUCGUGUCAUGCAAUGUGAAGAAACUAAAUUGCUACUCAAUCGUUUGUUAAUAGAAAAUUUCUAUUUAUUCUUUAAUUAUGAUAAACAAGAAAGAGAUACACAGGACAAAAACAUACUAGAGUUUCUUCGUCUCUUCCCUGAACACCAACGCAGCAAAUAUAUUUCAUAUUUAAAAUCCAUUGAUGACUUAAUUUAUCACGAAGUAAAAUAUGCCAUGAAAAUCAGGUUAAAGCAAAUAUUUUAAUAAUUUAUCAAAACCCAUUAACUUCACAUUAU